AUGGAUAGGGUGGAUGAUGUUCUAGAUAGAUGUAGAGUAGAGCGGAGAGCUCGUGUUGGUACACGUCGGAGUGGCCGUGAGUGGCGGUGGCUCGACCAGGCUAUGGAGGCGGGCGAGGGGAGGGGACGUGUACGUGCACGACGUGGUAGGGGUGGUCGACGUAGGCCUGCUAGAGGGAGAGGUGGACAGGAUGACGACGACGGUGGUGAUCAUGGAGGAGGGGAUGGCAGGGGAGAUCAUGUGAGUACCGAUGGAGGAGAUGCGGGUGGCAUGCCCGGUGGAGUUGGUGGACAGGAGCACGGCACUAGAGGUAGCGGCUCUCUUGGCGGGGACUGGUAUGGUUCAGGUGCGGGAGAGGAUGCCGGCGCGGGUCCUAGCGGUGGCGCUGGAGGGGCAUUCAGCGAUUACUUUGUUGGCGAUGGUGCGGAUGAGGAUCAGCUGCCAGUCGCCGAUAGACCUCGUAGAGUCUGA